AUGACCUUUACCUUUAACCUUUACCCUCCGCAGAGAUCCCGGGAGCCGGGGAGGACGGCGGAGAUCCCGGGAGCCGGGGAGGACGGCGGGUCGGCCGGCGGGGGGAACCUCGGGGUGCUGAUCGGGGAGAUCCCGGGAGCCGGGGAGGACGGCGGGUCGGCCGGCGGGGGGAACCUCGGGGUGCUGAUCGGGGAGAUCCCGGGAGCCGGGGAGGACGGCGGGUCGGCCGGCGGGGGGAACCUCGGGGUGCUGACCGGGGGCGCGGUGGGCGGGGUGCUGGUUCUAGAUCCCGGUGUGAAGCUAAAUCCCUGCGCCGCCAAAUACGUGAGAGAGAUCCCGGGAGCCGGGGAGGACGGGGGGUCGGCCGGCGGGGGGAACCUCGGGGUGCUGAUCGGGGGCGCGGUGGGAGGGGUGCUGGUUCUGGCCGGCCUGGGCUCCCUGGCGCACUACCUCGUCAAGAAGAAGAAGUCCAAACCCGCCGUGGUGAAGCCCAAGACUGACCCCGCUGAUUAUGAGUGA